AGUAGCUCAUGCUCAUCAAUUAACAUGAUUAUCAUGAUCAUCAUCAUCAGUAAACAAAAAACGUUUGAAGUGCGAAGUUGUUCGCUACGAUUUUUCUCUACGAUACGUUCUGGAUUUUUGUAUGUAUUAAUUCAUAAUGGGUCAGUCACAUGGAAAAUGUAAUUCUGAUGUGAAAUUAAACGGAAAAACUGUUCUUGUUACUGGAGCUAAUACGGGAAUUGGAAAAGCUACCGCGAAAAACCUUUAUGAACGAGGAGCAAGAGUUUUAUUGGCAUGUCGAAAUAUUGUCAAAGCAAAUGAAGCUAUAGAAGAUAUUAAGAUACAUUGCCAACAAUCCCCAAAUGUGGGCGAAUUAAAAGCCAUCCACUUAGAUCUUUCAAGUUUAAAAUCGGUGAGGGAAUGUGCUGAAGCAAUACUAAAAACCGAAAAACAACUGGAUAUUUUAAUUAAUAACGCAUGUGUCAUCGGUGUCCCAUAUACGAAGACAGAAGAUGGAUACGAGCUAACCUUCCAAACCAAUCACCUGGGUCACUUUUUGUUUACUUUACUUUUAAUGCCGCUUCUAAUGAAGAGUACACCAGCGAGGAUAGUAAAUGUUUCGUCGGCUUCACACGCAAUGCUCUGGGGUGCGUUUGAUUUGAAGGAUGUAAACUUUACGGACAGAAAGUAUUCUUUUAUGAGAGCUUAUGGUGAAAGUAAACUGAUGAAUAUUCUGUUUACUAAGGAACUAGUUCGAAAGUUUGAAGAAAACAACGUCAAAGGCAUAACUGUGUACGCAGCUCAUCCCGGUGCAGUAUCUACAGAAGCAGGCCGACAUUUUGACGAGACUGUAUUCCCCGGAAUGUACUGGCUGUGGCGAAACCUCUUCAAAGUUUUUGCGAAGAACCCUGAUCAAGGGGCAGAAACUUCGAUCUACUGCGCAGUAGACGAAAAAUGCUCAACAGAAACUGGUCUUUAUUAUGCUGAGUGCAAACCGCUCGAACCUUCUCGGGAUGCGUACGACGAAAAGCUUGCCAAAGAUUUGUGGGUUUUAAGUCUGGGUUAUGUUGGACUAAAGGAAGAUUUCAACCCAUUCGUAGAGACGAAUACGUCUUAGUACCAAGUCUUUGAAAGUUAAUAUUUAAGUGUGAAUUAAAAAUUGUGUAUAAUUUUUUAGUUAUUAAGGUUUGUGAUAUAAUGUAACAUUGUAUUUAUUAAAAAUAUUAGAACUAUUA